CAAAGAAGAGGGAUCAAACUGAUGAAACCCAGUAGUGAGACUAAUUUCUUUUGCUUGUUUCAAUGUACAGAUAUUUUGUAGUAUGUUGCAAACCAGCAGUGUAGAUUGUCCAGUUUGUGGGCGCUCGUUUUCAGCCUCGUUUGUGAACGAACACGUGAAUAAGUGUCUGAACAGUCAAGAUAUUGAAUUGCAAAGCAAUGGAGGCAGCGGACAACAUGAGAAGGGCAUGUUAGCAAACAGUCUUCUCAAAGGGAACACUAAAUCUCCAGAUGCAUCAACAGUCAAAAAAUCGAAAAAUGAAAAGGCUUCCAACAGCUGGUUUGGUAAUACUAGUCCUCCGACAAACGCCUUGAAAAGGAGUUCUUCUAAUUUGGCGGGAAAAGCAAGUACGGAUUCUUCUUCGAAAAGGUUGAAGUUGCACCAAAAUGGUCAAGAGACGCAAAAUAAAGUAACAGAGGAGCUCCUUUCUCUCCAACACUCUAGUUCACCAUCUCUCGGCCAAAAGAAAGGCAUAGAACACAACAAGGGGCAAAAAUCGAAAAGCAGUCAAUUUACUCCAUUAGCUGAAAGAAUGCGGCCUAAAACAUUAGCAGAGUAUGUCGGUCAAACCCAGGCUGUUGGAAAUAACAGUCUUUUGAGGACUUUACUUGAGGCUGACGAAAUUCCAUCCAUGAUCUUUUGGGGACCCCCUGGCUGUGGAAAGACCACCUUGGCUCAUAUUAUAGCCAACUCUGCUAGAAUCAAUGGCAAGGCAAGGUUUGUGCAACUGUCUGCAACCACUAGUGGUAUAAAUGACGUCAAGGAAGUUGUCAAAGUGGCUCGGAAUGAACAGCAAAUGUUCAAGCGCAAGACAAUUUUGUUUGUGGAUGAGAUACACAGAUUCAAUAAGUUACAACAAGACACAUUUCUCCCACAUGUUGAAAAUGGAACCAUUACGUUGAUAGGAGCAACUACAGAGAAUCCUUCAUUCCAGCUUAACAAUGCACUUCUAAGUCGCUGUAGAGUUAUUGUACUUGAGAAGCUUACUGUAGAUCAUGUGGAACAAAUUCUAAGAAAUGCUGUAAACUCUCUUGGCAUGCUAGUGGGUUCAAGGGACUCACUUGUAACAAACAAGAGACAAGCCUCAUCUGAUGGUGACUUGCAUGUGGUUAUAGAAGAAAAUGCUAUUAAAACUCUGGCCAACUUGUGUGAUGGUGAUGCUAGGAUUGCCCUCAAUGGUCUUCAACUUGCAAUACAGUCACAAGUGGCCGCAGUAAAACAAAAACCAAAGAAGCAGGACACAUUUUAUCCAUCAUCGCAACAAAACCCUUCACCUAACAUAGAUGCUGAUCCCCAUGGAGAUGAUGAAGAACUAGUUUAUAUCAAUGUAUCUCACAUCAAAGAAGGUCUUCAAAAGACUCACUUGCUUUACGAUAAGAAUGGUGAAGAACAUUAUAACAUCAUUUCUGCCUUACACAAAUCAAUAAGGGGGAGUGAUGAAAAUGCUGCUUUGUACUGGCUGGCAAGAAUGCUUGUUGGAGGAGAAGAUCCUCUCUAUGUUGCCCGCAGAUUGGUGAGAUUUGCUAGUGAAGAUGUUGGUUUAGCAGACCCACAGGCCUUGAACCAAGCUGUGGCCUCUUAUCAAGCCUGCCAUUUUAUAGGAAUGCCAGAGUGUGAUGUUAUAUUGGCUCAAGCUGUUGUUUACCUUUCAAGAGCUCCAAAAUCCAUUGAAAUAUUUAAUGCAUACGGUGAAGCCAAGAAGUGUGUGCGCAGUUGGGAGGGUCCACAGCCAACAGUACCCUUGCACAUCAGAAAUGCUCCAACUAAACUGAUGAAAAGUUUGGGUUACAGUGCAGGAUACAAGUAUAAUCCCUCAUUUGAUGGCCCUGUUGAUCAGACUUAUUUACCUCCAGAAGUGCAAGGUGUUGAUUUCUUUACAUGGAGCAAAAACAAAUCUGGGGGAAAUGAUGUUUAAGAAAUGCGGUGUUCCACAUUCCAACAUAGCAUUUUUUUUCUCAAGGAUAGUUACUGGAUAUUUUGAAUAAUUUCAUGUUGUGUUUUUUAAAUAGAGUAAGACAGAUAGGAGUCUUCCUCAAGGAAUCAAAUUGCAAACAUUAAGACUUCUGAUGUUCUACCAUAGAGCUACAUUCAAAUAAUUUUUUUGAUUGAGCAGUGUUGAAAGCACUGUGCACCUAUAAAGGAGUAGGAAAGAUGGUAAUUUCUAAGCUUAGUGGUUGAACAAAAAAAGUUAAUUCUUCUGUUGUAGGUGUUAGACAUGGAAAAAAUGUAUACUAAGUACAUCUCAAGGUAUUGUUAUAUACCUAGACUUACACUAAACAGAACAAGCACUGUGAUUGGUUGAUUCUUGGUUAUGUGCCACUGAUGAAAUUCAAAUGUAUCCCGACCAGGAUACAAUUGCACAGUUGUUGCCUGCGCACAGAAUACAACAGUGGGUGAUUGCCAUAUGAUCAAUUAAGGGAAAGUCUAAAUAUAUAACAAAGCACUUAGUGUAUGGUCCCUCAUGAAACUAGUUAAUUUUGUUUUCCCUUAAGUCUUGAUGUUUUCCUCAACUUUAUCUCAAGAAACAUCAGGCCUUUCGGGAAAACAAAACUAACUGUUUCCCUGGGACUAUACAUUAAGUGUAUAGUAUUUUCAUUACCUAUUUGCAGGACAGUCUACAGGCAUUAUAGGGAGAAGUUAUCUGUUAAUCACUUCCAAGAGUUUAAGGGUUAAAAGAAUCAAAAUAAAAAAAUAAAUAUGAAUAAGGGAAUGUUGUAAUUACCUAAGAUAGAAAUGAUGUUUAAAAUAUUUUUCGUAACUGUACUUUGUUUUU